AUGGUAUACGUAAUUUCCGUUAUCGUCGCCGUAGCAUUGGCCGCAACUUUAUUUAUGGUUCAUGUGAAUCUCCACAAGAAGAACGAUUGCCAUAUGACCUAUAUGUGGAGAUACAUCAGUCUGCUGCCUUUCAACGUUGAUGGAAAUAAUGUCCGGAGUUACGGCUUAUAUCGUUACAUGGAGGGCAUGGUGAACGAAAAGUCAAUGGCAAUCUCACCCGAUGACAUCCCUGUGCUAUUUGUUCCUGGAAGUGGUGGAUCUGCAAAGCAGGUAUUUUUAUUUAUCGUUCUCCAUGGAAACUUCUUUAUCACG